AUGGGACAAGGACCCUCGAGCCCUAAGCCAGGCUCCCCUCUCUUUAUUGUCUUACGGGACUUCAAACAAUAUCGGCGUAUAGCAGAAGGUUAUGGGUUUCAGGUUACUAAAAAGAAAUUAGCUCUCCUUUGCCAACAGGAAUGGCCCACCUUCGAGGUAGGCUGGCCCCUGGGGGGUACGUUUGACGUCUCGGUGGCCGGCCGGGUCAGGGGAAUUGUCUAUGGUAUACCUGGCCACCCCGAUCAGGUCCCCUAUAUCACCGCCUGGAUUGAUUUCAAACCCCCUUCGGGACCACUACAGGUCCAGGCCCUUUCAAAACUAAGACCAGGAACGGAAUCAAAGACGACCUUUAGCCGCAAGCCUCCUGAAAGUCCUAAGGUCGUCACACAGCUUUCUCCUGUCUUACCACCCCCUGAUUCUGACCCCCUAGAUCCAGCUGAGUACUCCCAGUCCCAGGUUUCAGAUCCACCCCCGUACCCAACCUCAGGGUCUCUGAGCCCCUCAGCCCCUCCUCUGAUAAGUCCACCCCAUACUCGAGCAGGUGCUCCUUAUGGCCCUUCUAAUUCCAGUUUGACCCCAGAUUCCACUGUGUCAGCGUUUCCCCUGCGGCAAGUUCCUUCCCCUCCCGGAGAAUCAGGGAGACCGUUCAUGGUAUAUGUUCCCUUCUCCACCAGUGAUUUGUACAAUUGGAAACAGCAAAACCCAUCCUUCUCUGAUAAGCCCCAGAGCCUAAUCUCCCUCCUAGAGACUGUCUUUUAUACUCAUCAGCCCACCUGGGAUGACUGCCAGCAGCUCCUCCGGGUUCUUUUCACAACCGAGGAGCGUGACAGGAUUCUUUUAGAAGCCAGGAAGGGAGUUCUGGACCCAGAUGGACAUCCCUCUACUGACCUGGGGCGCCGCAACCACAUCUUCCCUGAGAACCGGCCCGACUGGGACCCCAACACUGAUCGCGUCCUUCCAGGCUUUGCGUGAGGUCCAGAACGCUGUGCGCUCGGUCCUGAAAGCUGCGGGGAAAGAACCAGCCCCUGCAACCUCAUCGGACGCCCUGUCACCGGGAGACUGGGUCCUCACUCGCAAGCUUCCAGCUGGACCAGCCCUGGAACCACGGUGGACGGGCCCGUAUCAAAUUAUCCUCUGCAACCCCUCUGCCGUCAAGGUU